UCCAGCCCUCCGGAGCGUGCGGUUGUCUCCGACAACGAAGUGCUAGCUGACCAGGUGGAGGGGUCAGGACUGAGGGACUGGACACGAGCAAGAUGUCAACAGGCAGAGUCAACCAAGAGGAGGUUUUGUUAAAGCUGAAGAGGGAUGUUCGCUCCCUGCUCAUUUCAGCUAAGAUGGGCCUGGAACCUGAUCAGCUGAGGCAGGACUACAGGAACAUGUUGGGCCAUCAAAUGCCCCUGAAACUCCUGGGCUUCCGAAAUGUAUUGGACAUGGUCAAGGAUAUGCCAGAUGUGGUGUCGAUUAACUACAUGGCAAAUGGGAGCAUAGUCUUAAAGGCUGUUAGUGAUGACUUGACACAAGGCAUGGAAGAGCUGGUAGCCAAGCAGCGCAAGCCCAAGCCUGGCACAAAGACCAAGAACAGAGCGAUCAGCUUCUUCUCGCCCCGCUAUUGCCCCCCGAUAGUGCUUCCCAGACGGGGUUGUGCCCCCCCAGCCCUGCCCGCCCAGCUGAGGGCUCAGUUGCGCCAUCUGCUCUCCCAGGGACCGCUCAGGCUGUCAGAAAUGGAGGCCAGCUUCCUGCGCUGCUUCGGCUACCCACUGCGUGUCCACAACUACGGCUUCUAUUCCAUUGGAGAAAUGCUAGAGGCAGCAACGGACCUGGUGCUGAUCCAGCAGACUAGGCUGGGCUCAGUUCUGAGCCUGAGGGAGCAUAUGAUGGCUGGACCACCAUCCCAACCACUACCACAAAGGAUUGUCAUGCCUGUGAGGCCAGAACUGGUCAGAACCUCCUCCUCGUCCUCCUCUAGGGUACCAGCACACAUCAGACCACAGAUUGCGACAAAACACCCAGCUCUAGCGCCAGUGAACCCAAGUCCUCCAACAUCCCCUGUUACUCAGAAUCCACUGAGCCCUGUCUUUAAAGAGUCAGAGGAGGUGUUUGUGAAGAACCAGGAACCAGAACCUGACUCACACCAGGAAGGACAGCUCUUUCAGAAACGUGUCCUCAAGCUAGAAGAGGAGCUUCGCCAGCGUAUUGUGGACAAUGGCAUUGCUGGUACCAUCAGCCAGGAGCUGAAGGCCAAGCUUCAAAAGGUCGUCAGACAGAACAGUGAUGGAAUAUCAGUGCAUGAUCUGCCUGUAGAGUACAAGAGGCUAUUUGGUGAGGAGCUGCCAGUGCUGCAGAGUGGUUUCGUCAGUGUCACUGAGCUGGUGGGUGCUAUGAGUGACAUCUUCCACUUGAAACCUGUAGACAGCAACAAUAGACACCACUGGAUUGUCAUGGACAUACAAGACAACAACACCGAACCAGGUGAGCAGCAACACAAGCAGCCGCUUAAGAGCUACUACUUCAGCUGUGGAGAAUCUCCCUGGGAGGGCAAAGUUGAGGGAGAUAACUCUGGAUCAGAUGAACAGAACCAGGAGCUGGACAUCAAUAGCAACACAAAGACGCUCCAGCAGGUGCAAUGCAGGUCAGCAGUGCCACUGGACGCUCUGCAGGGUGAACAUCUCAAACCGCCAACGCGCCAUUACCCCCAGGAAUUGGUGGCUGUCCUGGUGGAGCAGGUCGAAUCACCUGGACAUUUUUACAUCCGCUUCAAUGAAAGUGAGGAGGCCCGAGCCAUGGAGGACAUGAUGAUUGAAAUGAGGCGCUGUUACAACUGUCAUGAGGUGUCAGAGCGCUACUCCCUCCCAGAACAAUUUGUCCGGCGCGGCCAGGUCUGCUGCGUGUCACCCAAAGGCAUGUGGUUCUACCGGGUGGUGAUCCACCGGGUGAUCAGCUCCACUCAGGUUGAGGUGUACUUUGUUGACUUUGGAGACCUGGCUGUGGUGCAGAGAGCCAACCUCAAAUUCCUCAAGUCCUGUUACUCUGUUCUGCCAGCACAAGCUGUCCCAUCAUCCCUUGCUGGAAUCAAACCCACCAGUGAUAGCUGGAGUGCCGAGGCCACAUCUUUCUUCCAGAAUCUGUGCUGUGACCGCUCCCUGGUGGGCGCUCUGGACAGCUACAGUGGAGACGUGCUGCAGCUCUACCUGUGUGACACACACACCGACAAUGACAUCUAUAUCCACACUGUCCUGCUGAGCCUGGGCCACGGGACUGCCUGCAGCCCUGCAGCCAGUGCAAAACUGUGUGCUCAGUUCAGCCCAGUGAGCCUGUACCUCAGGGAGGGGCUGUUUGAAUUGAAGAUGGAGGAGGAUGAACAGGCCACGCCCACCAACGAGCAGCCAGUCACAUCUCAGCACUCUCCCUCAGACAUGGUGCAGGUUGUCUGCAGCACACCUGUGUGGACACACACAGACACACAGACACACUAUGUACAAGAGGAAGAGCUGCCAGGCCUGGAGUUCAUCAAAAACAGCGAGGUCAGCCCCCACACCCAGAAUCAGAAUGCCAACCCAUUCAGAGGCCUGCUGAAUAAAGAAACCUUUCUCAGCUCUAGUAAAUGGGAUGAAAUCUGGGCCCCAGAGCCACCUCUUAUCAAACCUUCCAGCCCCCCUGCCUCUCCCCACACCACCAGCACGUCCGCCCCUCCAGAUCUUAUCCAGACCAGGACAAGCCCUGCUGACUGUGGAGCUGAUCUGAAAACACUUUCCCAGCCUCCUGCUUUACCCACCUCCGACAGUGACACCAACACUAACAGCAGUCCUGGUUCAGGGGCGGAGUUGGAUGGGAUCACCACCCCCUCUAAAGCCACAGUGCCCCCCAUCCUGAGGACACUGAGCCUCCACAUCCCUGACCUGGGACAAGUUCAGGGCUGCUUUCACGGUUUGUCGGUGCCUCCCCUCCAGCGGCCCAACUCCAGCUUCCUGUUUCCUGUGUUUGGGGGCAGGAUCCAGUCUGUGAACAUGUUGUCAGCUGAGAACUAAGUUGUACAUUGACCCAAAAACUCUGACCUGGCAAGCAGUUUCAUAAGAAGUACUUUUUCUUCACGUUGGAACAAGCGACGUUCCCACAAACACUGCAGACACUGCCGGCUAUGUUAAUCUCAUGCAGACUAGGUUAAAUGUAUAAUACCUUUUUUCAGUUUGAUAUCAGUGUUGUCGUUGUACUGUUCAAACAUUUUGGUCUUGAAAGAUGAAAAGAAAUGGAAGCCUGUUCUCUUUUAACCUGAAUUUUUGUUUUUCAGAACUUUUAGUUUGGUUUUGGAGUUUUAGCAUUUUUUUUUAGCAGCUAUCUGGAAAUCUUUUUGUUGUUUCAUCCACUGCAAGAAUAAUUUUGUUAUACAUGUUAAUGUUGCUCUGUAGAACAAAGUGAAAACAUUUCAGAAUGAUGUCAUAUGAUAAUAACAUGGAAGCGAUGUAUUUUUUUUUUUUCUGAGACUGAAUUUCAUUUAAUGCAUCAUUGUAUUAAUAUUUCAGAUGUGAUAUCUGCAGUCAGCUUGUGAUGUAAUCCUACAGGUAUUGGAUGAUUGUGUCUUAGUUUCAGCUUUUCAGAAAACAAAGAAAUACUUGAUACAUUCAUUCUGGAAGUGAUAAUAAAAUUGUAUAAGUCUGAAAUCUUU